GGACAUGUUAGUGCGGUUGUUUCAAUUAUUGGUUUUCAUCUUUUUCUAACGCCAGUUGAACCAAGUGGCCAACCCCUUGUUUAAGCUUUUUUCAGGAAGGGGGACAAAGUUUCUUGGAUUCUACUGCUGGCGUUUCCCCGGAAAACUCUCCAAUUGCUAAAAAGUUUCAUCUUUGCGGUCAAACUCGGCUGAUUCAGAGAAGUGGGUAGUAUUGUUGUUGAUUCGUAUCCUUAUCAAAUAGAGAAAGCUUCAAUCUUUGCACUGUUUCAAGGUACCAUUAUCUUCAGAUUCUGGGAUUCGGGUUCAUAUUAUGGAAGAUUGUGAACUUCAAUCUGUUGGGUUUGAGGUGCAUAUGUAGGUGUUGUCUGAGGAUUUGAACUGUGAUAAGUGAUUGUGUCGGGCUUGGCUUUGACUCAGUCAACAUAUUGAUCUGACGAUGGCGAAAAAUUUCUGGUCUUCAUCUUCUUGAAAGUGAAAUUUCUGGUUCAAGUUCUUGAAAGAGAACCAGGUUUGGUAAAUUCUGAGGUCCAGCAAUGGAAAAACAGACGAGUUUCCGAAAUGGGGUGGUACUGAUGGAGAAACAGAAGAGUUUCAAGAGACAGAUGGAGAAGCAGAAAAGCUUCAGGAUAGCUAUGGAGAAGCAGAAAAGCUUCAAAAGGGGAAAGGAUUCUCCUGGGAAACGAGGUGAUAGCCCGCUUCACCACGAGGCUCGAGCUGGGAAUCUCAAUAAGGUGAGAGAAAUUAUGCAGAAGCUUGAUGGACAAUCCAUGAAGGAUUUUCUAUCAAAGCAAAACCAGGAAGGGGAGACUGCUCUUUAUGUUGCUGCCGAAAACGGGCAUGCCUCAGUUGUUGGAGAAUUCUUGAAGCAGUUAGACAUUGAAACUGCCUCUAUUGUCUCUAACAAUGGAUAUGAUGCUUUCCUUGUUGCAGCCAAGCAGGGUCAUCUUGAAGUGCUGAAGGAGCUCUUGAAUGUAUUCCCAAACUUAGUGAUGACAACGGACUCGACCAAUUCAACUGCCCUACACACAGCAGCCGGUCAAGGGCAUGCUGAAGUGGUUGGUUUGCUUCUUGAAAUUGAUCCGAACCUAGCUAAGAUAGCUCGGAACAACGGGAAGACUGUACUCCACACUGCAGCUAGGAUGGGCCACUUGGAAGUGGUGAAGCUGCUUCUUAAUAAGGACUCCAGUAUUGGCUUUAGGAUGGACAAGAAAGGCCAAUCUGCCCUACACAUGGCUGUGAAGGGCCAUAAUGUGGAUAUUGUGCUUGAGUUGAUCAAACCAGAUCCAACUGUAAUAGCUUUAGAAGAUAGCAAAGGAAAUACAGCACUACAUAUCGCGACUAGGAAGGGACGAGCUCAGAUUGUUCGGUGCUUACUAUCCAUUGAGGGUAUCGACAUCAAUGCAGUCAACAAAGCCGGAGAAACGGCUCUUGACACUGCAGAAAAGUUUGGAACUCCAGACAUUGCAGCUUUGUUAAAGGAGGCGGGGGCCACCCGUUCCAAGGACCAUGCAAAGCCUCCUCCAAAUGCAACGAAGCAACUCAAACAGACCGUCAGUGAUAUAAAGCACGAUGUGCAAUCACAGCUUCAACAAAGUCGUCAGACCGGCUUCCGCGUCAAGAAAAUAGCAAAGAAAGUGAAGAAGCUUCACAUCAGCGGCCUCAACAACGCCAUAAACUCUCUCACAGUUGUGGCUGUCCUUAUUGCCACUGUCGCCUUUGCUGCAAUCUUCACAGUUCCAGGGCAAUACGUUGAGAAACCAAUGAAAGGGGUUACUCUUGGUCAGGCGAAGGUGGCAAACAAACCAGCUUUCCUAGUGUUCUUUUUGUUUGACAGCCUGGCAUUAUUCAUCUCUAUAGCCGUCGUGGUUGUUCAGACAUCUGUGGUUGUGAUUGAACAAAAGGCAAAGCGGCAGAUGGUGUUCAUCAUAAACAAGCUCAUGUGGGCUGCUUGUCUCUUCAUCUCAGUCGCCUUCAUCUCACUCACGUACGUGGUGGUUGGGGUCAAGGAGCAAUGGCUUGCCAUCUAUUCAACAGUUGUGGGUGGAGUGAUAAUGUUAACCACCAUUGGUUCCAUGUGCUACUGUGUGAUUCGUCAUAGGAUGGAGGAGUCAAGGAUGAGGAAUGUGAGGAAGACUGGGACUUUGUCACGGUCAUUUUCAGCAUCCAUGGCAGUAUCAGAUACAGAGCUGUAUAAUGAGAACUACAAGAGGAUGUAUGCCGUAUAACAUUUUCAGAUCAUUGAAUUCCAAAGUAUAGAAAAAACCACAUGAGGGGUUAUCCCCAUCUGGUCCAUGUAGCUGUUAUAAAUUAUAGUAACAAUAUGUUGGUUGAGGAAAAGCUGAUUGCAUAGCUUCAAAAUUUCAAUGAGUAAAUAAUACGGAGUACCAGGUUUCCAUUCUAGUAGCAAUGAAGCUAUAUGGUGCUUCCAUAUGCCGUGUUUUUUUCCCUUUUUUUGAGAUAAGUUGUAGAACCACAACAAUUUAGCCAGUGCAAUAUCAUAU